AUGUCUCUGUGAUCUUCAUCUGCUGACCGGCUCUACCUGGUAACUGAUGACAUCACUCCCUCUCUGCUCUCUGAUUGGCUGCUCGGUGGCUUUAGUCUCCAGCAGCUGAUCAGCUUCUGUCAGUUGGUCUCUGAGCUUCAGUCAGAACUCUGAUCUGAUGAAGAUGAAGCUGCUCCUCUUCCUCAGCUGUGUCCUCUCUGUGUCUGCUGAAGGUCUACACGAGGACCUUAGAAUCGCUGGCUGUUCAGAGUCUGAUGGAGAGUUUCUGUAUGCUCUGGAUGGAGAAGAGAUGUGGUUCGCUGACUUUAAGGAGAAACAAGGAGUUUAUCCUCAGCCUCCUUUCAUAGAUCCUAUCACAUACCAGGAAGGAGUUUAUGAAUUUGCUGUGGCUAACCUACAGGUCUGCAAAUCAAACCUGGAUGUCUGUCGUCGUGGUAUGAAGGACAUUCCUGUGGAAAACG